AUGCCGCAAAAAAAUCAUGCUUGGUUGCCACCUGCAGAUGGCUAUAUGAAGCUAAACGUGGAUGGAAAUUGGAAGGCACAAAAUGAGGCAGGUGGAGGGGCUGUCUUCAGAGGCAGUGAAGGAACUUGGUAUAUGGGUUUUGCAAGUAAAUUCAAUGUUAUUACCCCUUUAGCCGCGGAGUUAUAUUCAAUUCGAGAGGGCUUGAUGAUGGCGGUAGAUUAUGGGAUCAAGAAGCUGGAGUUAAAGACUGAUGCUGAAAUCCUGGUGAAGAUGGUUCAAUCAGUGGAGGAUUCUUAUCAUCAUGACUUAUCUCCGGUACUGAAGGAUGUAGCAUGUUUAAUGACAAGAGGCUUCCCCACCAAGGCAGGAGCCAGAGGACAUAGCUACUACAAGGAUCAUGGUUGCAAUGAUAUCAACAACAUAUAUAUUGCUACUUCAACAACUAUGAUGGCCAAAGGGAAAGGAAGUACGGUUCAUGGAAGGGUGGAUGUAGAUGAUGCAUAG